AUGGCGACAAUGACCGAAGUCAUGACGGCGGAGGAGAGGCAGAGGAAGCCCAGAGAUCCAAACCUACCCCCAGAGAACGAACGAUUUAUACGAGCUUGUUCAGAUAUUGUAAGCUUUCUGGUUCAAGACCAUGAAGCUCAACAGGAUUCAUCCAAGCCCCGGAAAGAUGUUAACUUGAAUGCUCUGCGAUCCAAGAUGUCCAAGAAGCACCGACUGAGCAAUAUUCCACCACUUACUGCAAUUAUUGCUGCUAUACCCGAACACUACAAGAAAUAUAUCUUGCCAAAACUAAUCGCAAAGCCAAUCAGAAGCGCUUCAGGUAUUGCUGUAGUAGCUGUUAUGUGCAAACCCCACCGGUGCCCCCACAUUGCAUACACUGGCAACAUCUGCGUAUACUGCCCAGGAGGUCCCGAUUCCGAUUUCGAAUACUCUACUCAAUCAUACACCGGCUAUGAGCCUACUUCCAUGCGAGCCAUUCGAGCGCGAUACGAUCCCUUCGAACAGGCACGAGGUCGCGUAGACCAGAUCAAGUCUCUGGGUCAUAGCGUGGACAAGGUCGAAUAUAUUAUAAUGGGAGGAACGUUUAUGUCUCUAUCGGAGAGUUAUAGGGAUGGAUUUAUUUCACAAUUACACAAUGCGCUCAGUGGAUACCAGGGGAACAAUGUGGAUGAAGCUGUUCAAGCUGGAGAAAUGAGUAAUAUCAAGUGCGUUGGAAUCACAAUCGAAACUCGUCCAGAUUACUGCUUGCAACCACACUUAUCGGCAAUGCUACGGUAUGGCUGUACGCGACUUGAAAUUGGAGUUCAAUCUCUUUACGAGGAUGUUGCACGAGAUACAAACAGAGGGCAUACAGUUGCAUCUGUUGCCGAGACUUUUUGUCUGGCAAAGGACGCAGGUUUCAAAGUCGUCAGUCAUAUGAUGCCAGAUCUGCCAAAUGUUGGGAUGGAGAGAGAUUUAGAUCAGUUCAAGGAAUAUUUUGAGAAUCCAGCAUUCAGAACAGAUGGAUUGAAGAUAUACCCGACGCUUGUCAUUCGAGGCACGGGACUGUACGAGCUAUGGCGGACGGGACGAUACAAGAACUACACGCCAAACGCUUUGAUUGAUAUCGUUGCCCGAAUCCUAGCUCUCGUUCCACCGUGGACUCGUAUUUACCGCGUUCAGAGAGAUAUUCCAAUGCCAUUGGUCACAUCUGGAGUCGAGAAUGGAAAUUUGCGAGAGUUGGCUUUGAGUAGGAUGAAGGAUUUUGGAACAACUUGUCGAGACGUCAGGACUCGAGAAGUAGGAAUCAACGAGGUUAAGCACAAGAUCAGACCAUCUCAAGUCGAACUCGUCCGCCGAGAUUACGCGGCCAAUGCUGGUUGGGAGACCUUCUUGGCUUAUGAAGACCCAAAACAAGACAUCCUUAUUGGUCUCCUACGCCUACGAAAGUGUUCAAAGACCCAUACCUUCCGCCCAGAGCUCACCGGACAACCUACUAGUCUUGUUAGGGAGCUCCAUGUUUAUGGAAAUGCAGUACCAAUCCAUGCUCGUGAUCCCCGGAAGUUCCAGCACCAGGGCUUUGGUACCUUACUGAUGGAGGAAGCCGAGAGGAUCGCGAGAGACGAGCACGGUAGCAAGAAGCUAAGUGUUAUUUCCGGAGUUGGUACCAGAGAUUAUUAUAGGAAGUUGGGGUAUUGGCUUGAUGGGCCAUAUAUGAGCAAGAUGUUGAAGCCUAGGGACGACGAUGAUAGCGAUGAUGACUUCUGA